GCGGGCUGCCGACGGCGGCCUAGGUGGCCGGCAGAGUACUUAGGAUUUCACGUAUUUUUGCUGAACUUAUUAAAAAAAGGCGCUUGGGAUGAUGGAUUAACAAGAACAUUGAAAUUCUGUGAAAAGUUUCAAAUUGGAACAUACUGAAUUUUCACCCUAGUCCAGCAGCUCUGCUGCUCACUUAAAUACAGAUGAAUGAAGACCCCAUUCGGGAAGACACCUGGCCAGCGGUCCAGAGCUGAUGCAGGCCAUGCUGGUGUAUCUGCAAGCAUGAUGAAGAAACGGACAUCCCACAAAAAACAUCGGAGCAGUGUGGGGCCGAGCAAACCUGUUUCCCAGCCCCGGCGGAACAUCGUAGGCUGCAGGAUUCAGCAUGGGUGGAAAGAGGGGAAUGGCCCCAUCACCCAGUGGAAAGGAACCGUUCUGGACCAGGUGCCUGUAAAUCCUUCUUUGUAUCUUAUAAAAUACGAUGGAUUUGACUGUGUUUAUGGACUAGAACUUAAUAAAGAUGAAAGAGUUUCUGCGCUUGAAGUCCUCCCUGACAGAGUUGCAACAUCUCGAAUCAGUGAUGCACACCUAGCCGACACAAUGAUUGGCAAAGCAGUGGAGCACAUGUUUGAGACCGAGGAUGGCUCUAAAGACGAGUGGAGGGGAAUGGUCUUAGCACGCGCCCCUAUAAUGAACACAUGGUUUUACAUCACCUAUGAAAAAGAUCCUGUCUUGUACAUGUACCAGCUCUUAGAUGAUUAUAAAGAAGGCGACCUUCGCAUUAUGCCCGAUUCUAAUGAUUCGCCUCCAGCAGAAAGGGAACCAGGAGAAGUUGUGGACAGCCUGGUAGGCAAACAAGUGGAAUAUGCCAAAGAAGAUGGCUCUAAAAGGACUGGCAUGGUCAUUCAUCAAGUAGAAGCCAAACCGUCUGUCUAUUUCAUCAAGUUUGAUGAUGAUUUCCAUAUUUAUGUCUACGAUUUGGUGAAAACAUCCUAGAUGUCAUCACGAACUUUGCCAAAUUUGUGGAACUAUUAAAUGUAUAAUUUGUAGACAUAAAGACUUGAUUGCUUUCCAGUUUAAUGAAAGCUUAAAUGUCCCUGCGAACCCACAAUCUCUGCCAGCAGAACUGGUUUUGUUCUGAAUAGUACAGAUUUAUGUGAACACAAAGCAUUUUGUGUAAGGAACUCCUUCCUCUUAAAAGAAGUCUGUCUGUUUGGAAGGGAGUUACAGGCAAGUCUGGUAAAAGUUAAGCUAGUAUCAUAGUCAUUUAAAACUGUAGUAGAUCUUAUCCACUUUCCCCUUCA